AUUAAAGACCUUUACAAUUGUCCUUGAUCGACGUUGAAUAGAAAGGUCGGACGAAAUGGCAUCUAAGAGAAUUACAAAAACUGCGAUAGAUUGGAAGAAUCUUGCCAAAAAAUUGGGCGAAGGUGGCAAAUCUCAAUACAGACACAUUAAAGGGACAAUAGACGGCUGUUUAUCAAGAGUAAACAAGUAUCCAGAAGAAAUAAAGAAAAUAGAUUUUGCAUUGUACAAGAACAGAAUGGCAGAUCCCACUAUGGCUGCAGCAUUUGAGAAAGCUUAUACAGCUUUGAAGGUUCCAUAUCCUGAAGAUUCAGAAAAGUUGAUACCAGAAAUUGAAAAGGAACUUACAACUGUGGAUGAAGAGAAUGCUGUUAUUGUAGAAAAUCUAGAUGGACAGAUUAAUUUAUAUAAGGAAUAUAUUGCAGUACUUGAUUCUUUGCCACCGCUUGAAGAAAUCACCAAAGAGAUGGCUCUUGUAUAUUUCCCAAGUCCUGAAAUUGAUAUUGAUCGUCCAGCAAUGUACCCCUUUACACCAGAGGUACAGCCAGAAGCCUCUCCCUCUCCAUUGAAUUAUGGUGGAAAGAAAUGGUGAUCAUAGCUUUUAAAUAGUUUUGAGAUCAAUAACAAUUACAAUCUUUAUUUCUUACAGUUUUGGUAUUGAACUAUAAAAACAUAUAUUAUAUUUGAAAAAAAAAGUUAGUGUUGA